UUAGUUGAGAUUUAAGUUAAAAUACAAGUAAACUUAGGCCUAAUCAUUUUUGAAAGUCAUUUUGUGAAUAAGUGAAUUCUCUCAAAUUCUUAAACAUAUCUUUAUUGCCAAACCCAAUUUAACAUAGCCUAUUGCAUGGCAUCUGUCCUAAAUAGUCUUUUUAACACAUUCUCACCCACAGUAAAAAUUGUACCUAAUGUAUGACAAACAAUUUAAAUAUAUUUGUCUCUCUGUUCUCAAAACUCUUCAGGGAGUUUUUUUUUUUACUUUACUCCGGAUUGAGAGGGCAGGCUUAAGGCUGCUCGGCAUUUGUUUUAAGCCAACCUGUACAGUUCUCAGCCCUGUGUAGGACAUGAUGAGUUGCAUGGAGCCUCUCAGUGCAGAGCCGCAUGCAGAGGAAGAGCCUGCCCACCAUGCUCGACGGCCAAUGAAUGCCUUCCUUAUAUUCUGCAAGCGGCACCGUGCCGUCGUGCGACAGAAGUAUCCACACUUAGAGAACCGGUCCGUCACCAAGAUACUAGGGGAGUGGUGGGCAAACAUCGAACCCACUGAGAAGGCUUCGUAUACAGAGCUCGCUAAACAGUACAAAGAAGCAUUUCUUAAGGCGAAUCCGGAUUUCAAGUGGUACAAAUUACCGGCUCCACCUCUUCGCACAUUGAUGACUCGGCCGACCAAUCAGAAGCUGCCGAAGUUGAGUUGCGAGCUUUCUUGUGGCCCUAUCACUCCUGGUAAACUUGCAGAUGAGAGCGAAAUGGGAGGUUUGUGCAGUUUGUUGUCAGGAUCAGCUGUUUCAAGUCAUCCCCUCUCCCCUCCCCCACAACAUUGUGUUCCAAAACCUCCCAAGAAACGCUACUUGGAGGAAAACUACUUGGAUACUGGACAGAAGUACGAAGGCUACCAACAGUUAUCACUUUACGAAGACCCUAAGUCAAGCAACUCGAUAGACGAAUAUAAUCUUCACUCAGAUGAAGUCAAUCGCAUCUGGAACGUUAGGUUUAACAAUGUCGAGGAAUCUGUUACUUUGGACACAAUUGGACAAGGCUUUGAGAGCUCAACUUGCUCUACUUUGUCUGACGUCAGUUGUGACUCAGUGACUCAGGAGUCCUCGGAAGUCAUUACCGAUACCAAAGAGACCUCAGCGACCAAGUCACCUAGUGACGUUCUGUCAAAAUCCGACCAAAGACUUGAAAACUGGAGAAAUGCAAUGGUUAGAACAUCCCAACAGCAAAUCAUAGAUUGUGUUGUCGAUCAAAUGUGCUUCACCGAUGCCAAAAUCGGACCUGACUGGGAAAAAAAAGAUUUGACGUUCAAUUUCGAACCUUUAAACAACAAUGUUUACGAAUCUUUCAGUCAAAAUCAGUCAGAAUGCUGUAAUCCCUCAGGUACGAGUAGUUUAAACUUGAAGUCUAGUCAGGAAGAGAGUUUCACAGUGUUUUCAAACCAAACCGAUACAAACGUUGAUGAUAACAGUACGCUCGCCGAGAGUGAGUUUAUUAUUGUAAAUAACCAAGAGUGUGUGAACAUUGUUACCGAAGAGGGAGUCGACUUAAACAGUAAUAUUCCGCAAAAUGCGAUACUUCUCGAGGUGAAGACUGAUUCGGUUACUGGAAAUUUAGUGUCUGGAUUCAGAACUGACGAAUAUGAGUUCCAAGUGAUAGAGAACAGUGAACAAGACACCAGUGAAGUGGAUGCCGCGGCUGAGGUUGAAACCAUAGAAGUAUUUCAGACAAGUGAUCUGAAUCAACAUGUUGAAAAGUGUUCAGAAUCAGUCAAAGAACCUGAGUUCCAGGAGCCGAAUGAGGUGGAUUCAAAUGCCAAGCCAGUCCGAGCUUGUAAAGGCGUCAGAUAUCGGGAGUUCAUGUCCUCCAGUCAACUCGGAAAGAGACGAGCUCGGCAGAAACAAAGAAUGUUUGGUUACCACUACUUGACCCAGAAAAGACCACAUACGUACAACUUUAAGCAGGCAUUGUCUUCUCCAGCCCACAACAAUUUUACAGAAGAUAUCAGUUCAAUGGAAGAAGGAUCUAGUCAAAAGCUUGCUGAAAGUGGCCUCAGUCCAAAAAAUAAACAAAAGAAGAACUUUUAUCAGCUUUUCAAUACAUCGAUGGACAAAGACCAAGCUGAUAGUGAUGAUGUAGACAGUCAGAGGAAGCAUUUCAAACCAAACGAUUUCAACCUCGAAGAGCGGAUAGAAGCACUUCCACCAUUGAGUUUGGAAGAUUUUCAGCUGAAGAAACGAUCGAGGAAAAAAAGGAAUUCGUCGAGCAGUCCGGUGAACUUUUGCAGAUCUCUGGAGGACAAUGGUGAACAUACAAAUUUUGGACAGUACUCAAGAGGCUCGACUGAACCGAGUUUUAAGAAAGAUACCCAUUGUUCUCCUUCCCAAGUGGGAAAGACUGAAUCCGAGGGUUCGGAUGGAACGAUAUUGCUAAGUGAAAAUCCACCGCAGUCCUCUCACCAGAGCGUCAGACCUCUGAAUAUUUCAUCAAGAGUUUGCGAGGUGAACUGCUUUCCUGAGAACAAACAUGAAAUGUUUUGUAAAACCGGAAGUAAGGUGUCCGCUCCAAACUCAUAUUCUUACCACCAGCCAAUUAGACAAGACGAGACUUCGUCAGCCGAUGCAACAGUGCCUCAGACAGCCAAGAAAGUAAGUGACAGUGUUGUGGGGAGUCGUAAACGUAAAGCCCCCAAACAGAACAUCACACGCCUAGAACCUGGCUCCAAUAAAAAAGACACGUCCGUAGUGGAGAUGACGGUGUUGAGUCAUAUGGGGCUAGCGACACUGGCCGACGUGGCGACCACUCAUCAACGCAGACUGUGGACCAAUCAGUAUUGAGUAUCUUAGUGUAGUUUAGUCUCUGCUGCUGGUACUGACAGAAAUAUUAUAUUAGUACAAAUCAGUCAAAACUAUUGAUUAUUUUAGUUUUGUGAUUAUAUCAAGCCGUACUUACAUUAGUGUGUUCACGAUUAAAUCAGGCUUAAAAGCGAGUUGGAAUUGAAAGUAAAGUAAUUUUUGUUAUGUUAUUUAAUAGCUACAUAGAGCAUAUAUGUAGAUGAAUCAAUAGAUUGAAUACAGUUUAUAGAGUUAAAUACCGAUUAAUUAUCCUAUUAGCGUAAUAUUGUAAUUAAUUGUGAAUUAUUGUCUACUCAUGAAUUCAGUAAAAUUAUUUUUUCUUACUCAUAAAUGUGAACAAUUGAGUUAACGAAAUAAUUGUGGUUUUGUUUCCGUGUGUAAAAAUGGGGUUAUUAAAUAUUGGUUCUGUUUUAUUUUUAAAGUAUAUUAUGUUAUACUUAAUGUCAAACUCCAGCUAAAAGCAAUUUUAUAUCAGAUCAUUUGUUAAGUUCCUUGAAAAGUUUGUAUAUUAUGUGUUUGAAAUUAAGUAUUCGUAUAUUAAUGAUUCAAAUAGUGCUUCACAGCAAAUACAGUCUGAUUUUUUGUUUUACUCGAGUGUUGUUGAUUUUAUAUUAUUAAUGUUAUAAUUGUUCUACCAUGUUAAACUUUUGAUUUUAUCGUUUACUUUUGUCAAUAUUUUUCACUAGAUGAUAAAUAAUCUCUCAAUUACUAUUGGGUUUAUGUUUUGUCAUAUUUUGUUCAAUCUCGAUUAACAAACGUUACCAAAAGUGGUGCUUAGUUUGACAAGUUUGCGUUAAUUGUUUUUGUUUGUAAUUUUUUUGAAUUAUAUUGUUCAGUUAUUGUUAAAAUAUAUAUAAAAUAUAGUAAAAAUACUGUUAUUGUACGACUGAUUUAGCAUAUCGGUGAUACCAGUUUCUAUCAUUAAAUAAAUAUUAUAUAACGUUAAAAAUAACACACUAGUUUGCUUAAAGGUUUUAUAACGCACUAUAGAUGUAUUUUUAUACAGACGAUCAAUGCCUAAUACUUGUAAGGUAGGCUAGUCACGGAUUUGAUCUAGUAGGCCUAGUGUAACACUAUGUGAUCUGUAACAAGAGAUAAUAAAUAGAAUAGGAAAGGUUUGUUGGUAAUCUUUUGUAUAUUUUUGGAAAGGUUAUUCAUGAUGGCUGUGAGAGUUAUACAAAGUUUGUGACUUAGUGAAGACGGAGUUUAUUUUCGAAGUGGUUUCACGCUGGUGUAACUUGUAAUGAAGGGGUUGUGGUGCCUUAAAAAUACUUCAAACAUUUUCCAUCUUUUUACUUUUUACUGUUUGGCCUGCGCAAUUUUACUUUGAGAAAGUUUGCUGACUCUUUACUGACCAAUUUGUAUUCCUAAAUUAUUGCCUCUUAAACUAUUAAUGGAUCUUUUAAUCCUGACAGCUUUACAAACCUCACAGAGAAGCACAGAAAUGUAAGGUGCAGAGAAAACAUGAAUAUUAGAAUACCGCCCGCUUAAAGCUCUAUGUUGUGCCGGAAAUAUACUUUUGACGAGCAAGGAAGAGCCAGAGCAGCAAGCACUCUGGCACUCUGGGGAAAUUCCUAUCGCACAGGUCACAGGGUCUUCCCCCCCUUGAGUGUUGAAGUACACGAGGAUGAGAGGUCUUAGCCCUAGUGACUAGUGAUAGACACAACCUAAGUGUAACAUUGAAUGUUUCCUCUGAACCUUACUUCUCUGUGCUGACCAUCACUUGCCCAGCCUUCUAUCAUACCUCCUAACCCAAUGAGUAUGGUCCUUGACUAUGGAUAGAGCUAGACAUUUCAUUCCCUCGUUUAAGUUGUUGUCAGUUUUAGAAUAAAAAUGAACUUAACACUGUCAGGUUCUAAAGAAUUGAUUUUUGUCAAAGGUGCUGAAUCAAUCUCAUAGCAUAUGACCAAAUAACUAAGGGAGGAAAUAGAAUUAUGUGAGUGGCUCAUUGAACUGUUCUAGAAUAAAAAGUUAACUACGACUGGUCCUUAUAGACGGGAUGUCUACUUCAAUAUUCAGAAGUCAAAUAUGGUAUACCCACCAUCCAGCCUCUCCGUUUAGGCUUUUCCAGGAUCGGACGGUAGAUAUUAAUCUCUAAUUUCUAUGAUCUUAUAACAUCUUACUGCAGGUUUGCUGUGGCGGGGUAUUAUAAUACACAAUUCUGUCACCCAUUUAAUUGAAUUUAAUUCGGUUAAUUGAACCAGGAAUUGUUGCUUUUUCCAUGAUAGAAUCAAGAUCUGAGAUUUGUAUUUAGGAUGAGUAUCUGUAGCAGUACUUUUGUUUGUAUCAAGUUUUAUUAACUAAAUACAAUUUUUACGCAAAUUAGAACAUAAUCAAAAUCUUACUUUCAUUUAAAACUUUAGUUGUAGUUACAAUGACAAUGCUACUAUUGUACUAUUAAUUCAAAUCAAGAUGUUGUAUUUUAAUUUCUUUUACAAGAAAAAAUUUGGAAAUUAAUACAUCCAAAUAUAUGUAUGGUCGAUAAAAAAAUAAAACUUACUAAUACCUAUUAAUAAAACGUGCCUUACAACUUUCUGAUAAUACAUAAAUAAUAAUGAUGAUGACAUCUCCGUUGAACUUAUGUAACGAAAACUAAUAUUUGGUUGUCUAAUAAUGUUGAUAAUGAUAUGUCGUCCCAAAAUUCACUAUUCAAAAUAAAAUGUUAUAAAGGCUUAAACGAGUGUGUUACUUAAAAUCUAUUUUUGGAAUAAUUAUAAAAAUAUAUAUCUUGGUGAGAUUUCCUCUCCCCGCCUUUUUCAUCUUUUUCCCAUAGACUUCAAACGUAUUCGUCAUGAAUAAAAUUGAUUCUUGGAAAUAGGAAAUUUCACUUCAAGCAGAAAACCUACUCUUGUAUAUCAAUUAAAUAGGCCUAUCAUAAAAAAUAUAAAAUCAUGUGAACUAGGAAAUAAAAAAGUUGAAAACUGCCUAACCUACACUUAUUUUAGAACUACUUUUCUUUUCUUUUUAUACCACUAACUUGUUACUUAGUUGCUGAAGUUAUUCACCAAGUUAUUCAUGUGGCCGCUUUACUACUCAAUAUGUAUAAAAAUACAUUUAAUCUGAAAAUAAAUUUUAGAGGUUUGAUGUAAGGUUGUGCUUUUGUGAAGAUUUUGUUAUGAUACGUAAAUUUUUGGAGGUAGAAAGAUAAAUAAAAUACCUCACUCAUAUCUCUGUUUGACUUUUUAAACAGAUCAAAGUCAUUAACUUCAGCAGACAUUGCUGUAGUAUACCAAGAUAUUUGGGCUUCUAUCCAAAUAUCUCAUUUAGCACAUUUACCAAUUCCAAAGUUUAAUGUUGUUGUAAAUACUAUUUUAUUCUAAUCAAAAAGUUAUCGCUGAGGAAAAAGUUUAAGUUGAGUUACCGAGGCUUCGUAUUUUCACUGGCUUAAGAGUUUUAAUUGUUGGUUUUGUAUAUAUUUUUUGUGUCAUUUUAGCUAUGUGGUUUAUUGACUGUUUGUAUUUAAUAGAUUUUUCUGUGGUCCUGGCUAGGAUAUAAGUGGUGGAGUUUGUUCAAGCAUUGGGUAGAUAAAUUUUACAACAGUGCAACUCAUAAUUUGAACACGGUUUUGAUUUGACUUUUAAAGCAGUUCAUAAGUCAUACAAAAAACAAAAAAAUCUUCUGAAUAAAGACAUUCUGAAUGUUCACUUACAUUCAGUUCAUUCAUUCAGAAGUUUUAGGAUUCUGAAGCUAAUGGCACAAUAUUCAUCCAAAUUAGAAUUAAUCGUUUUAAAAUAACACUCUGUGACUGGCUAAUUGUCGAUGUAAAUCGCCGAUCGUUAGUGGUGUGCCGAUGUGUGUGUGCUAAAGAGGCACUUUAUUGAAAUUUUGGCAAAAAAGAUAAAGUCUGGAAUUGGUGGUAAAUAUUACUGUAAUGCAGAUCUUUUUGCCUCUCGCGUAUUUAUUGUUCAAUAAAAGACUCCCCAUUACACAACAAACCAACUAUCCACAUAUUCACUCACUUGUAUCGUAACCGAGGGCUUGAGUUGCAUGAUUGUUGGUAAAGAUGUUAUUGACAAGACAUGUCUGUGUUUCUUCCUAUCAAAUCUGUUACUCUUGAUAUUGGAUUGGUGUAUUAGCUGUUUUGGCUAUGUGCUGUUCACCAGUUUCCUUGGUAUCUUGUGUGAUUCGUCAUUAUCGAAGGAUCUGGUUGUUUAAUAGUAGAACAUGUACUAAUAAGGUUAAGGAUAAAGUUAUUCCAGUAAAUUUAUCAUCUAGUGUUACUAUGUCUAGGCCUAGCUAACAUAUUUGUAGGCAGGAUUUGCACAAACAAUUCUAUGAUUUUUGGUAAUUAGGACAAAGUGUGCCUGGAUGCAGACUAACUUUUAUACUUUUGUAAGCAAAAAAAAGGUCUUUAACUGUCAAAUUUUCAUAAAUUCUGCAUAUUUUAUAUUAAUAAGUAUAUGUAUUGUUUGGAGUAAUAAUCAUUUUAGCAAUAGUUUGAUAGGUGCAAUAUCAAAUUAUUUGUCUAUUUUUCAACUUGCUUUUGCUUCAUUUUUUUCCUUAAAUCAAAGAUAAUGUAAAUUUAUGUUUUUUUUUAAUUUACUUGAUUAGCUAGUUUUUUCCUCUUUGUUGGUGGCUUUGUCUUUCUAGAGACGCUAUCCAUAUACAUUUUCCUAUUGAUCUUCAAUGUUAUUUGUACCAGCACCAAAUAUAUUUAUUAUUAUUUUGUUUAAGUAUAAUGUUGUAUUUUCAAUAAAUAAGUUGUUUGGA